AUGGCGGACCCAGACUGGCAUCCAUGCGCACCCGACAGACCCGUCAAUGCUUUCCUCUACUUCAAGAAAGAGGACCGGAUUUUCGGCUCGGACACCACCAGCGUCAGUGCGAACAAAAAGAGGCGUGUCUCCCAGUCAGAGGCAAGAACUGCAGACAACGACGACGACGACAACGACAGCGGCGUCGACCUUCCAACCAGCGAGCCAGACUUCGAAGCGAUCAGGGCGCAGAUCGAAGCCGAGGUGAAGGCGAAGUACAAGAUCCAGGUCCUGGAGGAGCAAUUGCAAAAAGCCCUCGCUGCGGUGCAAGAGCCGUAUACCCGUGCGACAGUCUCCGAGCUCGAGUGGCUUCCCGACGAUCUCGAUGCCUUCGUUGACAAGGCCAAGGCGCAGGCCAACGCUACAGGUGACUUGCUGUCCAGGCUUGAGAAAGCGAAGUGGGCGAGCGAUGAGCUUGCGGAGGAGAAGAGGAAGUUGAGCUAG